GAGGAGGUUUUCAGUUUAACACACUUUGGCGUUGUCGAGUCCCACAAAAGAACAGACGAGCAACCGGUGGAGAGCGACAAGAAUUGUAACAUUGCAACAUUCUAACAAUGGAACGCUGCGACAUUGUAACGUUUGUUUUGUUUGGGGAUCCCGCUUAAAACACGCCGACAGCCGGAGGAGUUUUCAAACGGCGAAUGUGGAUUGUGUUUGAAGCAGCUGAGUGUGCAUAUUUUUGGAUACGGUUAUACCGAGAGGAAACGGGGGAAAAACCGUCGGAAUAAUAACGACAAUAUGCGGCGCCGUUUACAUUCCGCAACACGAAGUUUAGGAAACCUGAAAUGGGAAAGUUCGCUUUAAAACGCGAGUGUCCCUAACAGAACCAAUGUGGACCUGCGAAGCUCUUUUGCUUUGGAAACGUUAUGUUAUAAUGUUAUUGUCUUCUUUCAUGGAUUUAUAACGUUAUUCGUUGCUUCUGUACGUUCUGUGACCGCAACACUACUGCAAAUGCCAUAAGAAGAUGAUUGAUUUUCAUAAAGGUCAUUGCGCGUUGGGAGUUCUUUCUAUCACUCUUGCUUGGACUUGUAUGUGGUUCUGGUUAAACUGAUCGUUGAUGGCUGUUUCUGUUCGGAUUUACUGUCCACCGGCUGAUCAGCGGGGAUCGAUCUGCCUGAUUCACCCUUUCCAGCAUCUACAGGAGGAGGACGACCUCAGGACGCAAGAGUGGCUGGUGGUUUUGGAUCUGGACUGUUUUGAAGAUUCGGCUUUCACAUCUGGACCUGGAUUAUAAAGCCCGUUCCGUGGAAAUCGUCCGCGUCUUGUGUCCUGUAUGCCUGCGUGAGGGUUUCGCAGGCAGGGAUGCAGUUGAAUCGACCCAAGAGCGCGCAUCUCAUCAGCUCCAGUCCGCACAAUUCAUCCUCCUAUUCCAGCCAGUUCAAAAGCAUGCGCUUCUCAUACCACAUCAGCAGCGGUUUACCCAGUCCACAGCCUGCCCUGCGCAGAUCAGGCCCGUCCACCACCAGUCCACGGCUUCUAACCAAGAGUCUGUCCCUUGAGCCAGGCCCCUGCCUCGGAGCCCACGAGACCCCACAGCGCCUCUGCUCUGACCCUGGACCCCUGGAAGCACAGCACUGCAAUGGCACAAGUGAGAACGGACCUCAGGACGUCCCGCCUCCACCCCCUAAAACACGCCCACCUUUACCUGGGCCAAAGCCUCAAGUGCCCCCGAAACCCCCUCAUCUCCAGCAGCAGAGCGCGCGACGGCCACGCCCCCCGGACAAGCCCCUCCCACCUCCACCCUCCCGCCCGCUCCCCGCCGACCCCCGCCAAUCACGCGGCACCUUACCGAGAGCAGAGGGAAGCUCCUCCCCCACUUGUGUCCUCUCGCUCAUCGAGAAGUUUGAGAGGGAGCAGAUCAUUGUGGUACCAGAUAUCACUGGGGGAGUGAUGUGUACCCCACGGGUCCCUGAACAGCAGGCCGCCUCUGGGUCGUUUAGCCCUCCACCGUCGGAGUUCAUCCUGCCCUGCACGUCCCUUCAGGAACCACUAGAGGUGCCGCUGGCCGAGGAGGAGGUUGAGAAAGAAGAAAAGGAGGAGGAAGACGAGGUGGAUGAAACCGAGGAGGAUGACAGUGAACUCGGGGCGUCUUGCUCAGAAAAGCGCCUCUCUAUGGAAUCGGGCUACGGUGCCUCUGAUAAACUGCUGGACACCAUGGAAAUGAGGGACCUCACAGCCAACCAAUCAGAAAUCCCCUCGGAUCGCUUGUCCCUCCCACCAUCACAGAUGGAUGGGAAGCUGGCCAAUAGAGACAGUGGUAUCGACAGCAUCAGCUCGCCCUCACACAGCGAGGAACUCUGCUUCGUCGGGGACGAGGAUCGGGUCGGUCAUGAGAGGGAGAUUUGCCCCUGCAGUCCAGGGCCCGGGCUUGCUUGUGGCUAUGCCGAGGGGCCCGAAGGAGAGGGGGCCAGUGGUGUGGAGGGCGGCAGAGACUCAGAGGGAGACAGUGAUAUGGAGGAGGGCAGCGGGGAUGAGAGUGAGAUGAAUCCCAUGGCCCUUCAACCUCUGCCUAAAGCUGAACGACAGGACUCCACUGAGCUGUCAGUUCAGCAGCGGGUGUUUAACAUUGCUAAUGAGCUGCUGCAUACGGAGAAAGCUUACGUGUCCAGACUGCACCUCCUGGACCAGGUGUUCUGCGCCCAGCUGAUGGAGGAGGCCCGAGCUCGCAGCUCCUUCCCCUGUGAGGUGGUCAUGGGCAUCUUCUCCAACAUCUGCUCCAUCUACUGCUUCCACCAGCAGUUCCUGCUGCCCGCGCUGGAGAAACGCAUGGAGGAAUGGGAUCUGAACCCCCGCAUCGGGGACAUCCUGCAGAAACUGGCACCUUUCCUGAAGAUGUAUGGAGAGUAUGUGAAAAAUUUUGACCGGGCCAUGGAGCUGGUGAACACCUGGAUGCAGCGCUCCUCUCAGUUCAAAGCCAUCAUUCACAACAUCCAGAAAGAGGAGAUGUGUGGGAAUCUUACCCUACAGCACCACAUGUUGGAGCCUGUGCAGAGGAUCCCUCGCUACGAGCUCCUGCUCAAAGACUAUCUGCACCGCCUGCCAGAGGACGCAGACGACUUCAAAGACGCUCAGAAAUCUCUGGAGCUGAUCGCCACAGCGGCAGAACAUUCAAACGCUGCCAUCAGGAAAAUGGAGCGCAUGAGAAAGCUGUUGAAAGUGUACGAGUUGCUCGGUGGAGAAGAGGACAUUGUUAACCCAACUAAUGAGCUCAUUAAAGAGGGACACAUCCUGAAACUGUCAGCUAAAAACGGGACAUCACAGGAUAGAUACCUCAUUCUGUUCAAUGACAGGUUGUUGUACUGCGUUCCCAAACUGAGGCUGAUUGGACAGAAGUUCGGAGUGCGAGCGCGGAUUGACGUAGACGGCAUGGAGCUGAAGGAGACCAGCAGCAUGAACGUACCGCGAACAUUUCUGGUGUCAGGAAAACAACGUUCGCUAGAACUGCAAGCAAGGACGGAAGAAGAGAAAAGAGAUUGGAUUCAGGCGAUCCAGGCCACUAUACAGAGACAUGAACAGACACUGGAGACCUUCCGUAUGCUCAACUGCUCGUUUCGGGAGGAGGACUUCACUCCUCCAAACUCUCCGAAUUGCACAGAGCUUGGAAAGCGAGCGCCCACUCCAAUCCGGGAGAAAGAGGUCACGCUGUGCAUGAAGUGUCAGGAGCCUUUCAACUCUAUUACCAAAAGACGGCAUCACUGCAAAGCCUGUGGACAUGUGGUGUGUGGGAAGUGUUCGGAGUUCCGUGCCCGUCUGUUAUACGAUAACAACCGAGCCAACCGCGUGUGUAUAGACUGCUACACCACGCUAGUGGGAGUGCCGCCCUCUCCGGCCAGUCUGUGCAACAGCACACAGAGACGCCGCUCCAUUCUAGAGAAACAGGCCUCAGUGGCAGCGGAGAACAGCGUGUUGUGUAGUUUCCUUCAUCAUAUGGAGAAAGGAAGUGGACGCGGGUGGCAGAAGGCCUGGUUUGUCAUCCCUGACAAUGAGCCACUGGUGCUGUAUAUCUAUGGUGCUCCGCAGGAUGUCAAAGCCCAGCGCAGUAUUCCCCUCAUCGGGUUCGAGGUGUCUCUACCCGAGUCAAGUGACCGUCUAGAACGUCGCAACGCCUUCAAAAUGAGCCAGAGUCAUUUGACCGUUUACUUCAGUGCCGACUGUGAGGAACUGCAGCGACGUUGGAUGGAGGUCUUAUCGAGAGCCGGCAGGGGUGAGGAGCUGCAGUCAAACGGUCCGAUAUCCGAGGCCCUCGAGGAAGAAGGGGAGGAGACAGUACCUACGGGAGAAAGCACAUGAUUGGCUGAAAACAUGAUAUCAUUUUGCACACACAAACUGUACAAAUGUGACUACAGCGACAGGAUAUAAUAGACAAAACACACACACACACACACACACACACACACACACACACACACACACGUAUACCUACUCUCUUACACACAUCUGUAUUAAUUGUCAGUUGUAAAUUGCAUGAAAUAUCUACAGGUACGUUUCUCUGUGUAUUGCUCAUCUUGUGUGAGUGACCAGUGUUUGGAACAAUCUGACAAAAGUGCACACACUUUAAAGACGACUUGAUUACGUGCAUCAACUCUUUCGGCCGCUAGCAGUUUCUAUGUUAAAUCGACUGUUUCUGCCAAAUCUCGAGGUGUUGUGAAGUGGUUUCUCGACUGAGGCUAUGGUUUUGCGAAGUGAGACGGUUCUACGGUUUGGUGGCUCUGUGUGAAUGUUUGGCCUGGUUUCAUGAAAAGUUUAGGUGACCUAGAGAGUCAACAGUGAAAUACCCUAGUUUACAUAAACAGAAGCUGGAGGGAAUGACUGAUUUUGUUGGUUUUAAAUCAGUAAAAGUCAUUAGACUAUGAAUCCUGCCAAUAUUAAUGGCAAUAAUCCGCUUGGUAAGAGGAUCAAAUUCUGGAUUUCACAUUUCGAUUACAUGUUAAACAUAGGCUAUUGCAUUUAGUAGUGGAUUGUGACAGGAUUGGCCACAUGAACUGUUGUUCAGCUAUGCAAGCCUGUGUUUAUCUCAGAAUCAUAGUGUACAUGUGUGGUAAUCAGGAACUGCUGGAACAUAGCAGGAAUAUUUUUUAAGCGGGUUUUAACCACUCACAACCGACAGAAAUAUGUGCUUCCUGUUGACUCCACUGUCCUUCAGCUCAGAAAACACCAACAAAUGUACUCUGCCAUCUAGUGGACGCUCAUCGUAGCGCGCACACAUUCUAGGAGUGAAUGUCAGGGAACCUGUCAAGAACAUGUCAACCCAAAUUUAAUAUCAAUUAAGAAACUUUGUUUUGCAUUUAAGUAAAAUAAAGGAAGCUUAUUUGAAUGACCAUUAAGAUUUUUGUUGCACCGUGACAUGGUUUAUUAGUACAAAUCUCAUUACUGUAAGGUGAAAUAAAUGAUAUAUUAUUUAAAUUGUCAAAUAUUUAUAAAGUGUAGUAUUAUAUGUUGUACUGUCUUUAAUUUAUGCUGAUUUACAGUAAUGAGAAUCUGAUGAGAACUAUUGAGAAUAAUGGGAAGUACAAAACAUCUUAAUUGUAAUUAAAAUAAUGUCACAAUGUAAAAAUAAAAACUUAAUGGUGCUAAAAAUAAGCAUUUUUUUUAUUUUAAACAAAAUAAAAUGUAUUUUUUUUUUAUAUUUUGGGGGUGAAAUAUAUGGAAGCUUGUUUCUGCCAUGGGAUAAAAAACAGUUAUAUUAUUAUAUAUAUAUAUAUAAUUUUUUUUUAUUAUUAUAAUUUUUUUUAAUGAUUCUAUAUAAACUCAGAAUUGCGAUAUUCUGAGAAAAAUUCACAGUUCUGAGAAAAAAGGCAGAAUGAUGUGACAAAAAGCCACAUAUACUUUAUUUUUUAGACCAAAACAAAAAUAAAAAUUUUGGGACGUUAAUUCAGAAUUCUAAACAAAAUAAAUUCUAAAUCUUGCAAUUAUGACAAUUAUUUCUUUCUCUUUGCAUGGUCAGAUAUAAACUCAAAAUUGUGAUUCUGAAUGAUGAAACACAUUCGCAAUUAACUUUUUAUUUAUUUAUUUAUUUUUACUCUGUGGUGGAAACAGGCUUCCAUAGAAAUGUGACCUGGACAUGUUUUGUGAGAUUCACACCUAAGACUGUCCCUUUUGCUCCAACUGUAGGGAAAAACAAUUCUGAGGAGGAAAACGUGUGUAAUGGGAACGUUUCAAUCAAAGGAAUUGACAGGGCUCUCCCUACAGGAUAACAGAGAUUUGAUCCUGUUUUAUCCUCAGUGUGCAUGAGUGAUUUUAUGAAUGCAGGGGUGUUGUGGCAUUUGAUAAGACUGCAGAUAACAUGAGGAUUUUAGGUCAUGAGGGUGUGUAUGAAUCGGGCUAGUUUUUAUCAUUGUAAACUCAAUGAUAUCCCUGCCUUAUUUAGAGGGUUUUUUGAUAAAUAUAGAAUAUAUAUAAAUAAAAAAAAAAGGUAAAAGUUUUGAUGAGGAUAUCAAACGUUUUCAACCGUGUUGUAUUUGUGUAUGAAAAGUGCAAAAGAUUAAAGGACGAAUUCAUUUGUAAAUAUAACUUAUUCCUCUGAGCCCAGUUUUGUGGGUUAGGUAUUGUCGAUGAGCUUUGGUGUUUGAUCUUUGUUAUGUGCAGUUUUAAAUGGACUUCUGAGCAUUGUGGUAAAUCCCAGGUCAAGAAAAGCUUAGGAUAAGUUCUCUCGUUUCACCACUUUUUCCAGAGGUAGAUAUUCUGUGUUUUAGAAAGAGCUUCAUUUUCACUUCCUCUUUUGAAUCCAGUUAUUCGCCAAUGUGAACGCCUGAUGACUCAUUGAGAACUGCUUUACCUUUUUUGUGUUUGAUAUUGCUUUAAUCUUGCUCUUUGUUGUCAAAGACAUCGCUCGAGUAAGUGAAGGUGAGCCAGUCGUUGUGUUUUCCCAGUCCACCAGCCUCCAGCCUGCCUGCGGUUUCCUUCCUCAGAGGUUUUUGGACUGUUGAUGGCAGCGCAUGGCUUUGGGGACAGGGCUGCGUGUGUUCACUUCCAUAUGUUUACGACUUGUACUGGUCAUUCCCAGAUCCUCAGUUGAGCCUGCCCGUCACUCACGCUUACACACGCAUUCAUCUUCCUGCAUCUCUCAAUAUUAUUGUUCUUGAUAUCCUGCCUUACUGAUAUUUUGCAACCUUGUGCUUAUCUUCACGUUGUUUUUCACGAUUGCUUUUUGCCAAAGUAUACUGCAGAAAAUUGAAAUGUUUUCUGUCACAUUUUUUGUUUCUUUACCUUUCGUUUUUUGUUUAAUACCGAUAUUUAUUGUCUUUUUUUACUCCUUGAGGUAAUUGUAGUGAAGUUAGUAAACUCUGCAAUGAACCAAAUGAUGAACGCUACCAAAAUACAAAGGCGAAACGCUACAGUAUACGUUAACAUUUGGGAGAACAUAAGUUAUUUCUGUUUCUGUGUGCUCCAAAUGCAUGAAAUUAGAUUUUUAAUAUUUCAGUUUCUAUUCUUCAUCCCUUAGUCCACAAAAUCUAUUUGUAAACUAUUUUUUAAAGGAUAUAUUUCUCUGAAAUCUCACAAAAACGACAUUAUUCAAAGAAGAUACAGCUGAAAUACACUGUAGUUCAUUUUAGCAAGUGUGCAUUUCUAACAAUCUGACGAUAAGUGUCAUAUACAGAAACAGAGGUGCUAUUUUAUUGUUUGAUCAAGGGAACAGCUUUGUGUUUAUAAAUAUAUGAUAUGAUGGGAUCAGGAAUUCAGUUUUCCUGCAUACGUACAUUCAGUGUAAAAACAGAGUUUCUAGUCUUUAAUAUGGAGGAUUAUUCUGUGGCAAGAAUCAUUUGGGAGAAACCGUUACAUCUCUGUGGUGCAGAACAGAGAAUUAAAUGUUACAUUGUAUAUAUUGUAUAUGCUCAGAUCUGCAUACCAAAAGAUUCCAUGAAUAGCACAGUCUGAUGAUGAUGUAAUCUGUUCCUACACCUGGAUUUUUGACUUGAGGGUUCUAAUCUUGUUCAUGUUUAUAACCUAGUUCUAUUGCACCAAAUUCAAUUUUGCCAUGAGGAUGAUUACUUUGUUACAUGCCAAACUUUUAAACCCUAUUUAUUGUAAGUUUGGUCAACUUUUAUAUAUGGAAGCUAAAGAGAGCGAUGUUGAGGCACGGACAGCUGUUUUGCUCAUAGAUGUUAAUGAUUACCUGCCUA